AAGUGUGCACACGGCGCUGGGGUCCAUCCCUCCUACUACACACAAAACUAGCACUGAAAAGAGAAGACGACGACACUGAGAUCUUAGAUCAGCAUGCAUGGUCUAGAAUAGACCUCUGCAUCAAUACUAGCCGUCUUCAGGCACCCGCGGACCUGCCAGUCACAAAGAUCAGCACCUGGGGUGAAGACUGAGGCCCUGGCUUCCUGCUGAGUGUGUACCAGAAGUUAAUCUGAGACCGUGGCAGUCGCUUUCCAAAAUUAAUGGCGUGUGUCACAGCUGAAGAAAAGCUCACUCCACUGGAAUAAUUGCCACCCAAACCCUACACCGCGCUGUCUGGAGCCAGGGCCCUACUGACUCUCAGUGAGGCUGCAAUGAGUGGUUCCUUCUCUGCUGCUGUCAAACCGCUCACCCGGUUCAUCUCGAACACAUCUAUUUUCCUUUGCGUUGUUUCCGAAGUGCAAAAGUGUGGCACCGAGGACGAGUUAGAGCACUCAGGAUACAGCACCACAGAAGAAGAAACGACGAAUGUAGAGACAACCAGCGCUUUGGCUCUGGUGAGCACAGAAGUGUUAACUGCAGAUACGAAUUCUACACACACCAAUGAGUCCCCAGGCCUGCAGGACUUCGUGCUAAUGGUGGCGGUCCCACUGGCGGCGCUGGUCAUUCUUUUAUCUGUGGUUCUUCUUGUGGUCUACCUUAAAAGCAGGAGACACAAGCAAGAGCCUCCUAGCCAAGGAUCUCAGAGUGUCUUCCAGACAUACGAGCCCAUUGGCGAAAACCUGAAAGUCCCUAUUUUUGAAGAGGACACACCCUCCGUGAUGGAAAUAGAGAUGGAGGAGCUGGACAGGUGGAUGAGCAGCAUGAAUAGAAAUGCUGACUAUGAAUGUUUACCUACUUUGAAGGAAGAAAAGGAGCCAAACCUCAGCCCAAGCGACAGUGAGUCCUAAUCUGAGCUGUGUUGGUGUUCUCCAAGAGCACGCUCCCUGAGGGCACCUGCUGUGCCUGCCUCGGGAAGAUGAAGAGGAGACAAGUUCCAUUCGUUUCAAAUCAGCGUAGACACAAGACCGUUUUACUGUUUCUUCCACCACCCCCUCUUCGGACGAUGACAUCCCAUGGACUAGUCCUAGGAAAGGCCUGGCUGCCCAUCAGAGGAACUCAGGGUGCAGAAGGAGCUCUUCUGGUCAGUGGGCGUCCUCUCCUCACUCACUCUGAUCACCUUUAAGUCGCCAUCACUGGUCUGCUUCACUCCUGAGGAUUCGAAUAAGGAAGCUGGUCUUCUUCCGGGUCACCUCACUACCUCCCGGCUUUGGAUGACACUGUCUCGUUAUUAAUGUCCUCUGACAGGUCAACUCUCGUCUUCUGGGACUUUCCUCACGUCAUACCACGUCACAGCGAAGACACCAAACAAAGCAAGUGUUUCAUAUCCACACCAUCCCAGGGGGCUGUUGGGCUUGUUUCUCACCUGCUAAGGACAUAAAGCAAGGAAGGGCACAGCCCCCAUGGGAGAUCCCUGAGUGGCUCGUAGACUUGCACCCAGCCACAUCUCAGUCACCUUUGAAAACGGUGGAGAAGAAAUAGCCGUCGUUAAAGAGAGAAACAACCUUUUUCCUCUCCACCAAGAUCACCUUGCAACAUCUCAAAGCUGUUGUUUUGAUCUUGUCUCAUCCCACGGGCCUGUCCUGUACGGGCACGCGGCAUGGAAUGCAUGCAGGCUGAGAUCAUCGUGGAGAUUCUCAAGGGUGAACAAGAUAGAUCUGUACCUGUGGUAGCUGUGGCUCGCCGUGCUCUGCAGUCUCUCCUGCACCCUACGGCCCUUCCUGUCGGGCUGCGAAGAGUCCCCAGCCCUCAACACAACACUCCGGGAGGUGGCUAUCGGGCCGUCACAGAAGGCGUUCUGCUCGAGAUUCCUGGACAUCCAUGUGCUAAAAACUGUGUCACGAAAUGCAGAAGGGCCCACUAAUAUCUUCUCCUCCAUCAAGCCCGCCUCAUUUAAAUCCUUAGCUUUCUAGCUCUGACCUUUGAAAGGCCAUCUAGCAAAUUGAGUCCUUAGCUCUCCUGGGAUGCUUGGUAUUUUGUUCCAGGAAAGAAACAAAGAAUGAGAAUUUUAUUCUGCUAGCCACAUAUAAACCGAAGGGAGAUGAAGCUAACUGAACUUUUUGCUGCUGAAUUUGGAGUCUGUGUUUGAAAGGCUACCUUCAUGCUCCACAGAGUGCCUUCUGCCUCCUUGAGGCCCCUUCAUCGAGCUCUUGCCUUCUGAGUUAUACAGAUAAUUUUAUAGGCAGAACUGCAGGCUAGGGUGGUCUCUCUAGACAGUGAAAGACAAGUCUGGUUGCGUCGGAUCCCGGCUCUCCCACUGUCCUGGGACUUAGCAGUGCUCUGACAAAGGACAGUGUUCAACAGUGCAUCCUCAACAGAUUGGUCUGUCACACCCUCAGUGUUCUGACAUGGCUCUGUCCCUGCCCUUGGACAUUCACAAUCAAUUUGUAACCUGCUCUGAUCCUCAGACAUUCCGCCAGCAAAUGCUGCCUUCUGAGUUAUCUUUGCUUGUAUUGUCUUCUGCUUAUGACCGUUCCUUGAAAUUUGCUUGUCUUUCUCUGAAAAGUCUGGUUCCCUCUUUCUCGGGCUGUCCAAGAUCCUCGCUGACUACCCAAGCCUUUGGCCUGUUCAAUAUCAAACUUUGGAAGUCCUCAGAAGGGUCCGAGGUCUUGGACUGUUACUCUGGAUAAAGCAAGGUUUUGUGAGAUGAUAAUGAAAUUCUCAUCCAAUCUACUAAAGAACCUCAAACUCCCAAAGAAACCAAUUGACCUGCAAGACGUUGGGUUUACAUCUGAGAACUGUGCUGGCUUCUCUAGAUGCACAGUGCCAUAGGAACUUUCUACAAAGCUAGUUUGCUCUGGCAAGACUCAUGAUGUUAGCAUGGGUCAAGUGGUCAAGUAAACCCUAGGAUCUUGAAUCUUUUUAUUAUUAGAGAAUCAGAGCACAGCAUAUGUAUAUGACAAUUCCAAGAAUUCUUUUUUUAAAAACUUAAUUACCUAUGUAUACAACUGUUCCAUUUGCUUGUGUGCCCACAUGACAGAAGAGGGCAUCAGAUCUCACUAUGGAUGAUUGUGGGCCACUACAUGGUUGUUGGAACUUGAACUCAGGACUUCGGGAAGGAUAGCCAGUGCCCUUACCCACUCUUUCCAGCCCUCCAAGAAUUCUUAAAACAAAAUAUUUAUCUUUUACAUUAUUAAUAGAAAAAAAAGUCUCAUCAGUUUGUCCAAGCUGGAUAGCCAAUCAGAACAAAUCAGAUUUUAAAAUAAAGAUGGGCAGGGAAUAUAUCCCAGUUGGGGGUUGUUUUCCUCACCCACACAGAGCCCUGGGUUCAGGUCUUAGCAUAAACUCAGUGUGGCUGCAGGAAGGUCAUUCCCACAAGUUCAAGGUCAUUCUCCACCAUAGAGGGAGUUUGUGGUCAGCUUGGACUGUGUAAGAUCUUACUCAAAAAAAAAAAAACAAACCCCAAAAACCAAAAACAAAGAACCAUUUUAAAGACACAUGCUUUGGGGUGUGUGUGUGUGUGUGUGUGUGUGUGUGUGUGUGUGUGUGUUUUAAAAGCAAAGUAGGUUGAUAACAUUGCCUGGGAGAAUUUCUUUGGAAACUUGUUUCAAUAAAUACGUAAAAAUUUC